GUGCAGGAUGAGCUCAGCAGCCGAGGAGAAAGAGGAGGAAGAGGAGGAAGCUGCAGCGAUAGAAACCGCCAAGUCAGUCGCACUCAGCCAGGAGAGAGACAUCCUGCACUGUCCUCACAACGGUGCGGACUCGGAGCCCCUUCAGAAGAAGAUGCGUCUCUCUUCAGAAGAACAGGACGACUCGGACGCUGCUGAAUUCUCAGUGGUCACUUUACCCAUGUCAGAGAGCGAUGACGGCUUCGAGGUGACGAUGACGGCAACAGCAGACGCUGAUCUCUCUGAUGAAGAAGUCGAUCACAUUCAGAUUCUGCAGGAGGAGGAAGAGGACUGCCCUUGUCCUGAUCAGAAGUCUGAAGUGUCUCCUGUCAGCCAGGCCUGGUUCACUACCAAGGAAGACAAAGACACACUGACUAACAAAGGUCACAAGUGGAAGCAGGGCAUGUGGGCGAAAGAGGAGAUCGACAUCCUGAUGAACAACAUCGAUCGAUACGUGAAGGCGCGAGGCAUCGAGGAUCCUGCAGAGAUAAUCUUCGAGAUGUCCAAAGAGGAGAGGAAGGACUUUUAUCGCUCCGUGGCGCUCGGAUUAAACCGGCCGCUGUUCGCCAUUUACAGACGAGUUCUCCGCAUGUACGACAACCGGAACCACGUCGGGAAGUAUACUCCCGAUGAGAUCGAGAAGCUCAGAGUGCUGAGGGAGAAACACGGGAACGACUGGGCGACGAUCGGCUCGGCUCUCGGUCGCAGCGCCUCGUCCGUUAAAGACCGCUGCCGCCUCAUGAAGGACACCUGCAACACAGGUAAAUGGACGGAGGAGGAGGAGCGGCGGCUCGCUGAGGUCGUGUACGAGAUGUCGGGCGUGAAGCCGGGCUUGGCGGUGACGGGAGGCGUUUCCUGGGCAACGGUGGCCGAUCAGGUGCGAACGAGGUCAGAAAAACAGUGUCGGUCGAAGUGGUUAAACUACCUGAACUGGAAACACAGCGGCGGGACGGAGUGGAUGAAAGAGGACGACGUCAACCUCAUACACAGGAUAUUGGAGCUGCAGGUGGAGGAGGAGAACGAGAUAAAGUGGGAGGAUCUGGCCGGCGGCUGGAGCAGCGUUCGGUCGCCUCAGUGGCUUCGAUCCAAGUGGUGGAGCAUCAAGAGACAAGUGUCCAACCACAAGGAGAUCCCCUUCAACGUCCUCCUAAAGGGUCUGCGGGAGCUCAUCGCUUCUUCACAAUCAGGAAGUCCCUCCUCUUCCUCUUCCUCCUCGCUGCAGAUCCGAUUCAACCGAUUGGACGAGAGCAGUGGAAGCCCCGCCCCCUCCUCUGUGGCGGCGCUGCAGAUUCCCGUACAGAUCACACACCUGGGUACAGAUUCGUCAGCAGCAGCCAACGAUAGUGAAACCAUCACUGGAGCCCUGCAGACCUUCGAGAUCCUGCCUUCGUUCCACCUGCAGCCCACAGGAACCCCGGGGACUUACUUCCUGCAGACGACGUCCAAUCAGGGCCUGAGUUUAGGCAAUAACAGCACGGUUACCCUGACGACAGGCUCCUCCCCCUCAUCACACGAACACAUCAUCCUGCACAGCCUGUCGACUGACGGCCUCUGUUCUAGCGACGGUGUCAUCAUCCAAACGGUCACAUCUGACUCCGCCUCCUCAGACCCUCUCGACCAAUCACAGAUGGAGGAAGAGGAGGAUCGCCUCAGCAACGAGAGUCUCCUUGGUUCUGUGAGCGUUGUCGCGGAAACUCAGGAGCCAAUCACAGAAGGCUUCACUGACAAGGAGUUAAGUUCACCGUCUGGCAGCACCGUGCUGAUUGUGUCUCCAAACAUCAGCAGCACCCUGACAGAUCCAAUCCUUGAGAACCAGGACGGCUCCGACUGAACUCCAAACAUGGUGAUCAAAGAACUACAGGAAUUGAAGGAAGCUGAUUCUUCGUCGUCUGUGGUGCUACUGUUGCGCAGGACGACAGGAAGUGGAAGCAGUUUGUAAAUGAAACCCCUGGAUUAAUUGUGAAGACGUGCCAAAGAGACUCAGAGACAGAGAAGGAUGUGACUUUUAAAUAAACACAUGUUCAUAUGUAAAUAUAAUUAAAUAAAUGUGAUGAUGUUGCGAAAUUAAUGGUGUCCGAAU